AUGCGCAACGGCGUCAUUGCCGCGGCCCUCCUGGCCGGCGCGGCCGACUUCGCCGCCGCCGCCCCGGGCAACGGCUGCAACGCGGACAACUGUCUGCGUGCCCUCCGCGCGACGCAGAUUCCCGGCCGUCUGGAGAGCGCCCGGGCCUUCUGCGCGUCUUACACGGCGGUGCCCUCGCCCACGGGCGUCGCGGUGCCUUCGUACGCGGCCGAUGCCUGCAAGAAGAACCAGAACGCCGACCAGCCAGCUCGUCUGUCGAGCGCCUGCGCCUGCAUUGCGCCCGCGACAACGACGACGGCGACGCCUACUACGACGCCUACCACGACGCCUACCACGUCGCCCACGGCCAAUGCCUGCGCCCAGGUGAGCGCGUCGUGGGCCUCGCAGAAGAAGACCACUGCGACCCCGACGGUGGCCGCCACGCUCGCCCACGAGUGCCUGGAAUCGGUCCCUCUUGGCAAGGACGCCGCCAUCAAGCUCGUCGAUUCCCUCGUGCCUUAUCUCGAGUGGCAGAGCGACGCCGCCUACAAGAAGGACCCCCCCAAGGACUACUUCUAUCCUGGCUUCGAUCUGUUUGCCAACCUGGCCAAGGUCAAGGCCAACCUGCAGGCCGACAAGUACAAGAGCGAGUACGCCUUCCAAGCCGACUUGUACGAGACCGUCUUUGGCCCCGGACACGACGGCCACUACGUCUUCUACCCUGAUGCCCUGACCAAGGUCCUCAAGUGGCGCCGAGACCGCUCUCUCGUGUCUGUCAGCGAGGACGGCAAGUCCCUGCCCGUCAUCAAGCUGUACGAGGAUGUUGUCAAGGACCCCAAGACGGCUCGUGUCGUCAGCAAGAUCAACGGCAUCGAGGCCAGCAAGUAUGUCGAGGACACCAUCGUCAAAGCUACGUACAACCAGGAUGUCGACUCGGCGUACAACUCCAUGUUCUACUCGAAGGCUAUUAGCGCGACGAACAACCUUUCCGGGUACUUCCAGAGCGGCGGCCGAAUCGGCGUCAUCUACCAGGGCGCCAACACGACCAUCACCUUUGCUGAUGGCGAGGACCUGACGCUCGAGAACAAGGCCAACGUUAUCGGCGACAUGACCGGCGUCACUGACGGCCCCUCCUUCUACAAGAAGUUCUGCACCCCCCAGCCUGCGCAAAAAGCCGCUAAGAAGGCUGCCGCCGUGGCAAAGCAGCUUCCCGGCUACCCCAAGCCUGUCAUCUCGACGACCGAUGGCGUCGUGAGCGGAUACUACCUCACUGGCGAGGGCCUGGAGCAUGUGGCUGUCAUCGUGUUGACUAGCUUCGAGCCCCGCAGCCCGGCCGAGUUCCAGGCCGUGACUCAGGACUUCCUCGAAGAGGCCAAGGCAGCUGGCAAGACCAAGCUCGUCGUCGACUUCCAGGUCAACGGUGGAGGCUACAUCCUGCUCGGCUACGACUUCUUCCGCCAGCUGUUCCCCCAGGUUCAGGAGGACGGCUACAGCCGCUGGAAGGAGAACGGCGGCUUCAACGCCAUGUCGCGCAUCUUCAGCGAUGCCGUCAAGGACCUUGACCCGGCCAACAGCGCAGACGGAGCCCUCAUCAACCUCUACGAGUCGUGGUUCAACUACCGCUACGACCUCAACCUCACGCUGGACAAGUUCUCCACGUUUGAGGACAAGUUCGCGCCCCAGGUCCACAAGGACACGCCCUACACUUCCCUCAUGCGCUGGAACCUCAAUGAUCCCCUGACCACGGUCAACGCUACCUUCGGCAUGGGCAUCGAGAUCUCGGGAUACGGCACCCGCAAGAACUUGACGCAGCACUUCAAGGCAGAGGACAUCGUGCUUCUUUACGACGGCGUCUGCGCCUCCACCUGCACCUUGGCCUCGGAGAUGCUCCGUAUCCAGGGUGGCGUCAAGUCAGUUGCCUUUGGCGGUCGCCCGCGCGAGGGCCCCAUCCAGGGUGUUGGCGGCGUCAAGGGCUCCCAGGUCCUACAGUUCAGCAACAUCCUUGACUACGCCCAACAGGCUGCUGAGCUCACCAAGGACCCCAAGCAGCUGGCCGAGCUCAAUCGCUACACGGAUCUUCCCCUGCAGCGCUCCUCGGCCGCCGCCGUCAACGUCCGCGACCAGAUCCUGCGCGACAACGUCAACGACGGCCUGCCCGCGCAGUUCGUCGCCGAGAACGCCGACUGCCGUCUGUACUGGACCGCCCCUAUGAUCUCGGACGUGAGCGAGAUUUGGAAGGCGGCCGCCAACUCUGCCUUCAACGGUGCCAAGUGCGCCAACGGCGGCAUCAAGGCGUCCAAGAGGAGUGCGACGGCGCCCGCGCCCGCAGUCCUCGUGCCUCGCGCCCGCCUGUCGGCGAGCGUGGACACGACGCCUGUUGAGCACUCGGAGGAGUGGCUCGCCGUGCACCAGCAGAAGGCCAUCGAGUAG